UCAAAACUCAGCUUGCUCUCUGCUUUUGCUCUGCUACUUGCGUUCCCCUUCCUUCAUUUCCUUUGAUUUCCAAACAAGAAAACAUGGCUGAGAUUGCAACCAUUCUUCUCUCUCCCUUUCUCCAAGUGUUUUUCGAAAGAAUGGCAUCUGGGGAGUUUGUUGACUUCUUUCGACGACAAAAACUCUCCGAUACACUCAUAAAGAAGUUGAAGACAACUUUUCUGACCCUCAAUGCAGUGCUCGAAGACGCAGAAGAGUUGCAAGUUACGAAGCCUCUUGUGAAAGAGUGGCUUGAUGAGCUGAAAGAUGCAAUCUAUGAUGCAGAGGACGUCUUGGAUGAGAUUGCUACUGAAGCCUUGCAAAGCGAGUUGGAUGCUCAAUUUCAAACCACUGCAAGUAAGGUACGGAAGUUAUCCAUCUCUGCUUUUCGUAAUUCUUUUGUCAAAGAGAUAGAGCCAAAGAUAAAAGAGGUACUUGAAAGACUAGAAACUCUAGCACAGCAAAAGAAUGUCAUGGGUCUGAGAGAAGGUGUUGGAGGGAAAUCAUCUGACAGAUUGCUCACAACUUCUUUGGUUGAAGAAUCUGAUAUUUAUGGUAGGAAUAAUGACAAGGAGGCAAUCACUAAAAUGUUACUCUCAAAUGAUGCACGUGGCAACAAAAUGAGUGUGAUUGCCAUAAUAGGGAUGGGGGGGAUGGGCAAGACCACCCUUGCUCAACUUGUAUACAAUGACUCAAAGGUGAAGGAGCACUUUAACCUACACUUACGGGUUUGUGUUUCUGAAGAGUUUGAUGUGUCCAAGGUAACCAAAACAAUUUUGGAGAGACUAACUUCAUCAACUUAUGAUAAUAAGGAUCUAGAUCAACUCCAAGUUAUACUCAAGGAGAAAUUGGAGAGGAAGAAGUUUCUACUUGUUUUAGAUGAUGUGUGGAAUAAGGAUUAUGCUAUUUGGGAGAACUUCAGCAAACCUUUCAUAUCUUGGGCACAAGGAAGUAGGGUCAUCGUAACAACUCGCGAUAAUGAGGUUGCAUUAGUUAUGCGUGCUAGCUCAACGCAUCCUUUAAAGGAGUUACAAGAAGAAGAUUGUUGGUCACUAUUUGCAAAACAUGCAUUCUAUGAUGGUAACUCUGAUGCACAUGGAGAGUUAAAAGUAGUAGGUAGAAAAAUCAUGGAAAAGUGUGGAGGCCUUCCGUUAGCAGUCAAGGCAAUUGGUGCUCUAUUAAGAACUAAACCGAAUGUUGAUGAAUGGGAUAAGAUAUUGAAGAGUGAAUUAUGGGAUUUGCCAAUUGAUGAGAUGGGCAUUCUACCAGCUCUAAGAUUAAGUUACAAAUAUCUCUCUUCACAUCUAAAGCGUUGCUUUGCUUAUUGUUCAAUAUUCCCAAAGGAUUUUUCUUUCAAAAAAGAUCAAUUAAUCUUGUUAUGGAUGGCAGAAGGUUUCCUACCGCAACCUAAACACAAAACAAUGGAAGAAGUUGGGAAUGAGUAUCUCCUCACUCUAGAAUCAAGAUCAUUAUUCCAAAAAUCAAGUGAGGACAAGUCAUGUUUUGUAAUGCAUGAUCUUGUGAACGAUUUGGCAAAAUCUGUAUCUGGAGAAUUUAUUUUAAGGUUGGAGGGUGAGUGUCCUGACGAGAUUGUAAACAAAACUCGCCACUUGUCUUAUUUUUCCAAACAUAAUUUUCAUGGCUUGAAGAAGUUUGAGACCCUUCACAAGGCUAAGAGGUUGCACACUUUCCUACAUUUAGAUAUGUCAGAUUCUGAUUGGUUUCACUACUUCUUAAGUAAAACGGUAGUAGAUGAUUUACUUCCAACUCUAAGAUGCUUACGACUGCUUUCUCUGUCCCGAUAUAAGAACAUUACUGAAUUGCCAAAUUCAAUUGGUAAACUUAAAUACCUACGUUACUUGGAUCUCUCUUUCACUGAAGUUCAAAGACUGCUUGAUUCUAUAUGUCAGUUGUGCAAUUUGCAAACAUUGAGACUAUCACAUUGUAAAAAGCUUACUGCAUUGCCUAGAGAUAUGUGGAAACUCAUUAGCUUAAGCCAUCUUGAUAUUACCAAAACUAGCAUUAAAGAGAUGCCGAUUCAUUUGGGUAGAUUAAAACGCCUACUGACAUUGACUAAAUUUAUCAUUAGCAAAGGUACUGGGUCAUUUAUUGGAGAGUUGGGGAAACUUGUAAAUCUUCGGGGACCACUUGCCAUUUUGGAGCUCCAAAAUAUUGAAUCCCCCAAUGAUGCUCUAAAUGCAAGCUUGAAGGACAAAAAGCACCUAGAAGAGUUGGUAUUAGAAUGGAAUGUUGAAACUCAUGUUCCAGAAAGUCCGAGAAUUGUACUUGAUGGGCUCCGACCCCAUACAAAUUUGAAAAGCCUCACUAUCAAAUACUAUGGUGGUAAAAGUCUUUCAGAUUGGAUAGGACUUCCUUCAUUCUCUAAACUAGCAUCUCUUCAUCUACAAAACUGUAACUAUUGCAAUAGUUUGCCACCCCUUGGGCAGCUACCCUCUCUGCAGUAUCUCUAUAUUGUUGGGUUUGAUGAAGUUGUUAGAGUGGGUCGUGAGUUUUGUGGCAGCGGUUCUUCUUCAUUUAAGCCAUUUGGUGCCCUUAAAGUUCUUAGCUUCAGAGAUAUGAAUAAGUGGGAAAAAUGGAUUUCUAUUGGUGACGAAAAUGAGGGUGUAAGUUUUCCUCAACUUGAAAAUCUUAGUAUUACAGAGUGCCCUAAGCUAACCGGAGGGUUGCCCACCCAUCUUCCUUCUUUAGCCACGCUUAAAAUUUAUAAAUGUCCACAAUUGGUGGCUUCACUCUCAAGGACGCCUGCUAUACGUGAUUUUUGGGUGGGAGAUUGUAAAGAGGUUUUGUUUGAUGAAUUGCCAGCUGGAAUGCAGAUGGUCAAUAUUGGAGGAAUUGAGUCCCUACCGAAGGAAAUGAUAGACUCCAAUGGCAGUCUUCAAGAGUUGUCGAUCAAUGGGGCCAUUAACGUCCUUAUUAUGGCAUGA